GUUGGGUGACGUAUCAUACAUUCAGAGCAGCAGACGAGAAUGUUCGGUCCAGUCUUUCUGUGUGUCUUCACUUUGUCGUGUUUUGUUCUGCCUGUCAAUGGACAGUACAACAGCUACAGCAGUUACAACAGUUACAACAGCGGUCAGUACCAGAACUACCCAGAGUAUCCGACAACUUGUAAUGACCUUCAGUGUAGUCCUAACGAGUGCUGUGUCGAGACUCACAGGGCGCCAGUAUGUGUGGCCUUGAAAGCUGGGACCACUGGCAAUCAAUUGUUCUGCGCUCGCUAUAAGAAAUGUGCUGACCCUGGCGAUUGUCCAGCCACUGCCCCUUGCUGUGUACAAGCUUUGGAACCUACAUUCGCCAAAACCUGUCCUCGACCACAAAACUAUGGAUCUGGUUACGGCCUAGGAUAUGACAGCAGUUACGGCUACGGCUCCAGCUACGGCUCCAGCUACGGCUACGAAAAUGAAAUUGAUAAGACACCAUUAAGAGAAGGCUACUGCCGCGCAUCUUAUGACACUGGUGAAUUGUGUUAUCUUCCCCUGCCCGGGUCUGAGAUCGCCAACUGUCCAUGUAAAGGCGCUUUAAAAUGUGAUACAAAACUUCAGCCGUUUGUUGCAGGCGUGUGUGUAGCAUAAUCAGGAAGUCGCAAAGAAUUCAAUGUCAAGAAAAAGAUGAUGACGUCAUUUCUCACACAGGAAAUGGUAUCAAUAAGAUAUCGCGUUUAUUAUUAGACAAUAAAUU